CUGCGACAAUCACCAAUCGUAUGCAUAUCUGUCGCAUUUCAUCUUUUGCGACGACGCAACAGACCCUGACAAAACACGUGUUGAGAUCACGGAGCAAAUAAGUAAGAACUUCAAGGUACCUGUACUGUCACUCGUCAAUGUUGCGAUUAAAAAUCACGUUAAAUUCAUUAGAAUGUCAAUCGACAGCAAGCAUCCAGUCAUUACAAUCACACGGGAUAAGGACCCAUAUGAGGCGAAAUUCCAUUUUGAAACAAAUCGUGACUUUAUUGUCAACGAGAUCCUCAGUACAACAAACGAUCCAGAAAAGCUUUUUGAGGCGAUAAUUAAAACAAUCUUAAUAGGAAAAGAUGAACACGUUGAUUAUCUUAAAAUGGCCGUUGUACUGAAUGCGCCUGAAGUUACAGUUUCUGCAAUGAUUUCAAGCAGUUCAAAAUGGAAGUCUGAUGAAGAUAUAUGUUAUAGACAGAAGAUGUUGUCAUCCGCAUUGGCAUUUGAUUAUGGCGAAACAACGUUGGUUCUUUUGAGAUCAAUGAAGGACAUUGAUCUAAGAGCUUUAGAAUUCGGUACAAUGUCACACAAAUCCAUAGCUCGGGUUGAAAAGUACUUACAGGCAACCGUCGGUGUCAACAUGAACAUGCCCAAAGAAAAAUCAGAAGCAAAUGAUUGCGCUUACCUAUGGUUGUUUAUUUGGGCGAUUUGCAAUGAAAAGUUUGAUGUGGCGAAUGCGCUGUGGAGUUUGGUUGAUUCGAAAAUGGCAACGGCCUUGUUAGCCAGCCGAUGCCUUGAUUCUAUGCGAAAGAACACCGUAGACGGAAAUCAACGAGACACAUUGAAUCAAAAUUGGUCGCUGUACACGGAAAGAGCAAACACUAUCUUGGACAACUGCUUCAGUGCUAAAAGAACCCUUACUAAAGCGAUGCUUGUCAAAUGCAGGGAAACAUUUGGUGAUUCGUCAGCUUUGCUUAUCGGAAAAACAAACAAGAAGUUCAUCGAAAAUCGAGCAUGUCAAGCAAAACUUAAUGACAUAUGGAUGGGACCCUUGAAAUCUGACCAGGACGCGAACCCGAAUUGGAAGAUCGUCAUAUGCCUUGCACUUCCGAUACUAUCUUCCAUUCUACUCCACUUCAAAGAAGACAAAGAUCAACAAAAGUGUUGUAACGUGUAUUCACGCCCUUUCUGUGGUAAAGUGUGUCAUUUCAUGAACAGUCCGAUCGUCAAGUUUCUUUACUGCACCGUAUCUUACCUCGUAUUUCUACUAUUCUAUGCUCAUGAAAUAAUGUUCAAAGUCUACGAAAACCCAACCGUUAUCGAGUACCUACUUAUGGCCUGGGUUGUAGCGUUUCUUACUGAAGAAAUUAAAAUGUUCAUUGAAGAAGACGUCUAUUUCCGCGACGCAUGGAACUGGUUGGAUCUGGCUGCAAUUGUCCUGUUUUGCGGCGGCACAUGUCUUCGAUUUCUUACAUGCUGUCUUGACGUUGGAAGAGUGUUGCUGGCAAUGUCAUUCAUGCUCUUUUCUCUGAGACUUUUGCAUUUUUUCUCGUCACUGAAAGUUAUCGGACCCCUUUUGGUUAUGAUUGGUAGGAUGCUCAAAGACUUGGUUCAAUUCCUGCUCAUACUGGCCGUGGUUUAUAUAUCAUUUGCCGUCACGAUGCAAGCGAUCCUCUAUCCAAUGUCGUCAUUCGAGUUUCAAACAAUGCAAAAUGCACUGAAGAGGCCAUACUGGAGUAUUUUUGGACAACUAGAACAAACGCUUGACGAAUUCCAAGCUCUUAUUCCAGGAGUCAAUUGCGACGACAAAUCUACGUACGACAGCACUGAUUCGAAGCUACAAAUGUGUCCUACCAAACUGGGAACCUACAUAGCACCCGUAUUGUUGGCCAUAUUCAUGCUGAUUGUUCAGAUCCUUUUGUUGAACCUCCUCAUUGCCAUGUUCAGCUAUUCCUUUACGAAGAUCCACCACGACACGGAUAGGCACUGGUGCUACCUGAGGUUUAGAUUGAUACACGCGUAUUACCACUUGCCAACUAUACCACCUCCGUUUUCUGCAUUUUAUAACGUUUACGUCAUUGUGACGCUUUUGUUCCGCCGUUGCAAACGCAAUUCAACAAUGGAAACGAGUGUCUUCUGCGAGAAGCUGAACAAAAAUGAAAACGAAAAGCUACAACGAUGGGAGACCAUUCAUUCAUGCGAUGAAACGGCGGUAACUCAAAAAUCUGAUUUACAAGAAGAGUCAAAAGUGUCAAGCCCAACGCCGAAAUAUAGUCCUCCAGACACCGUUGUUAAAAAAGUGUUUUUCAAAAACUUCAAAAGCAAGAUAUUGAGGAAUCAGAUAUCUAGACUAAAUUUGAUAGAUGACAAUGACGAAUGACAAUAAAUGUGUAAACAGCUGUAUACGUGUAUAUAAAAAUACUCGGUGAGUGACAAUCUCAUAAAAGUAAAUCCUCAUAUUCGCUCAAAUAUUUGCCGCAAUUCAGCGCUACGGAAUACCGUUAGGGCCAUCGUGAUUA